GCGUGACAAAUUGGUGCUGGCCAGGUGAGACGAUGAGUGAGUCCGGAAGCGAAGAACUAGAGCCAGAACCGAGAGACGAGAUGGAAGACGGUGAGACUGUGGAGACGUUACUGAGGGCGGCGGCCGGGCUGCUGCGGGAGCUCGGCUACACGGGACCUUUAUCUGAUGCGGAUGCCCUGCUGCGUUCCUGUGAGUCGGGGGCCGAGUGCCAGCUGUUCACAUCUCUGUGUGUGUGGCUGGUGUCCGAGCUGAAAUCUGUCACCCCUCUGGUGGAAAAUGUCAGCCCAACCGAAGGCCCUGCCGACUCCGAGACCUUCCAGCUGGAGAUGAGCGGCGUGAUGAGCGAGCUUCACUGUCCCUACGCGGCGUUGACCUCUGGAAACGUCACAACCAGACUGCUAAAUGCCGCAACUUGCCUUCAGCUCAUUGUAUUCCUGAGCACAGAUCUGGAGGCGGCUCGACUCCUUAAGAAAGCCAGCGUUCCCACUUCUGAACCUGUAAGACACAAUGAAGACGUUCUGGAGGAGUUACAGCUCAUAGGAAAAGCAUUGGAUUUUCCUGAGAUUUCCCCGGACGUCCCAGUGAACGAGCUCAUGAGGGAGCUGCAGAAUAAGGUCGCAGAACGUUCUGGGACGGUCCACGUGUCUCUCCCUCUAUUUAAAUCCCAGCUGCAGCCUGAACAAUGGGAAACCCUGCAGGAGUUGCAUUACUCCAUGCUCAAGGAGUACGAAUGUAGAAUGAGGAUGUUGGUGACUCGAUUUGAGGUUACGGUGCAGUCGUUCCACUGGUCAGAGAGGGCUCAGACACAGGUAAAGGAAAAAUCCAUGGACGACAUCUACUGGCCUUUAAGAAAAUUGCUCACUGCUGAGUCCAGGAUCACAAUCCCCCGUUUACUGGCUGUCCGAGAAGACUACUCCCGAAUCCUACACACCUGUAAUGCCACCUUCUGCGAGAAAACCCGCACUGCUAUCCAGAAGGUGCUCAUGACGGGUACUGUGCCUGACCGAGGAGGACGACCUAAUGAAAUAGAGCCGCCAAUGCCUAUGUGGGAGAAGAGGAGGGAAGGGGGAGGUGGACAUCAACGAUGGCCCAAAAAGAAUAAGAGAAAAAGGAAUUGAGCCCAAGAGAAAUGUGUUUUCCAUACAGUCUAUAGUGUGCGGCCUCUUUUCUGCCAAAGUAAUUCUAUGUGCAAUCUCAGGAGACUACAGAACGUCCCUCACUGCCAUUGGUUUACGGUGGCCAGGGUGGUGCUCUGACCUUAUUACAGAGUAACUGUAGAUGAUGGACAUUAGAAAGCCUUCGGCCAAAUAUCCAAACCAUCCGCACUCUAAUAACCUAGAUGUUUGUCCGUCAAGCAGUGAUAGCCAGCUGGUGGAUGACUCCCCAGGAAGAACAGAAGAUAAUCCGUAAACAUGGCCGUUCCUCCUUUGAUUCCUUUGAUUGGUGUGGGGUGUCUGCUGCCCCCAUUACACAUUAUGUUGCAAACUUAUUUUUUUUAUAUUAAUUUUUUUUGAUCUGCAACACACGAUGUCUGUGUUUCUGCAUCCUAAUCCGUGCUCAGUUGUGCAACUUUGCUUUGGUAAGCAGAUACUUUUGUAUGUGGGGAAAUUAUAUGGAAGAUGCUUUCUUAGGAAGGCUCAAUGAUGAUAAUUGCCCCGUUUAAAGUUGCUGCCAAUCAACUGUAAAACUCUCGUUCAUCAGGUGAAA